AUGAAAAAUAUUGUAAUUAUUGAUAGUGACAAUGAAAAUGAAAUCAUUGACCUAAUUAGCGAGAGUGAAGAUGAAAGUUCAGCUACCGUCAAGAGUAACCGAAGUGUCACUAUAGAUAAUGAUAAGGAAAAAAGCACAGCAGAGGUUCAGAGCAUUGUAACUUCAACAGAUCUUCUGGCGAUCAAAGAAAUAGAUACCUAUGUUAUUGGUGCUGAAAUUUUGACAGCAUCAAGCUCUAUGAAAACGAAAGGUGCACCAGACACGACUCACAAUUGCGUUUUUAUAAAUCCUGGUUAUGAAGAAUGGAAAAAUGGAGCGAAUUUGAAGAAAUACCAAGAAUCUAAAAACAAUAAAAAUAUUCAUACCUAUAAUAAUUCCAAUACUGCGACUAAUAAAAUGAAGGGCAUUUUACUCAAUUCAUCCAAAUGUCAGGCGCCAAUGACAUCUAGUGAGCCGUCUGCUUCAACAUCUCAAAAACGAAUUGGUGGAAGAAAUGAUGAUAUUUCGAAGAGAAUAAAAUUAGAUGUACCCCAAUUUCUAUGGCCAGACGUUUAUCCACCGAGUGAUUUGGCUGAACUUGCUUUAGAUGCAAGAAGACUUAAAGAGGUUGAAGAAUGGUUUGACAAUGCAUUUAGCAAAAGUAAUUAUGGUAAAAUGUACCAAAUGCAAUCUUAUAGGCUUUUAGUCUUAUCAGGGCCUCCUGGCUCUUCAAAAACUUCGGUUAUCAAGCUGAUGGCAAAGAAAAGAAAUCUACAUGUAAUUGAGUGGGAGAAUCCUCAAACGUUUACUACAGACCAUCCUGACGAAUUCGUCCCGGUCAUGGCACCAUUCGAAUUAUUUUUGUCCUAUAAUGGUCGUAACCCUCACAAACAGUGUAUCUUAAAUAAAAAUGAUUCGCAAAUUAUUAUUGUUGAAGAUUUACCAUGUCUCACUAACGCAGAGGCAAAAAAACAAUUUCAUCAAGCUAUUCGAGCGCACAUAAAGCAUCCUAGAACAUAUUUUCCCCUUGUUAUUAUUAUAAGUGAAGCUCAUAGUAUUGAAGAUUUUGACGAAUAUGUUGGCAAGGACAGUUUUCAAACUUUAAAUUUGUAUUCAACUCUUCCAAAUGAUAUCAUAUCGUCAGACCAAUGUACAACUUUAGAGUUUCUACCAAUCAACAAUACACAAAUGGAGAGGGGCCUUGAAUUUUUUAUUAACAAGGUUUAUAUCAAUGAUUGCAACAAAAAAGAAGUUGCCAAGCAAUUAUACCCGCUUUUAGCUGAACAAUGUCACGGUGACAUACGCCUGGCCAUCAAUGCACUUCAAUUUUUAAUGGUUGAAGCUCCUAUCAUCCCUAUGUUAUCAGACAAAGAUGAAUUCAAAAAUUACGGAGGAGCUCGAACAACCUCACAUAAGAAAUCUGCCAAAGGUCCUCAAGGGACACGAAAACGAAAGGUGACAAAUUCCGAAAGACUGAUAGAAUUAAAAACAAUUUUGGAUCCAACUUUACAGACACUACUUGAUUCAAUCACGUGCAACGAACCUAUAACCGUUCCAUUUAAAGUAAUUGGAAGAGUCCUUUACAAUAAGAGAACAGAGGAUUCUAACGAUGAGAUGCAGAAGAGAAUUCAACAAAAAAUUAACGCGCUUCAAGGAAAGUUAGUACACCCACGUGAGAUUUGUGAGCGGAUGGCUUUAAUUUAUACACCUGAAUCGACAUUGGAUAACAUGUGCAUAGAAUACAACAUUUACUUGCGUAUGUUGCAACACUAUUAUCCGCAUUUUUAUGGCAACAUGUUAGAAUGUCAAUUCGCAUCAGAAUGUUUAAGUGAUGCAGAGCUAUUGAUGAACAAUCAGGAUUUUAGAGUUGGGAUAAAGCUGACGCCAACCGCUGCGAUUAUUGCAACUCGUGGCUUGCUCUUCGCGCAUAUACAACGUCUUGACAAAAAAAAGCCUUCAUUUAAUAGUCUACCGUCAUUAAAAGAUUUCCGUGAAUAUAUAUCGGAUAAAUGUCUUAAAAAUGAAAACAAAUUCGCUCAAUAUUUUCAAGGGGAUACGAUGCGGCGAUUAACCUGCAAUAAUACUUGGAAAAUUGAGAUUGCCCCGUUUAUGGGUAAAAUGGUUCAUGGUCUUCGAAUGGACAAUCCACGAAAGCAGUUUCUCAAAGAAAUAGUCUCAUAUAACGUUGAUAAAAAUCGAGUUUAA